AUGAACCGAAGUGUUAUCUUCUUCCUCCUCUGCAACACCCUGCUAGCUUUGACUAAGGCUCAAGCACCUGUACCACCCACAGCCACCAGCUGUCGCUGCCCACAAGUUAGUAAGAGUGUUCCCAGCCUAAAAUCUUUUGAGAAACUUGACGUGAUUCUUCCCAGUAGUCUAUGUCCACGCCCUGAGAUAUUAGGCACAGUGAAAGAUACUAAGGAACAAGUGUGUCUGAAUCCAGAUACUCCAACCAUGAAGGUUGUACUGAAAGCGAUUAGAAGGACGAGGUAA